AUGUGGUCAGUGUUGUUAAGCUGUAUUGACCUGUUGUUGGUGCUGUAUGUGCUGUGUUUGUGGAUUAUUCCGGCUGUGGUGCAGUACAGCGGCUGCCUGGCUCUGCUGUGGCAUGAUGUUAUAGUGGAGAAGGCUCUGGACGCCGUAACCAGGACUACACGACCACAACGAUUGCUGAAAGCAGUGCAGGACAGAGCAAUCAGAGGAAAUCCUCAGAGUGUAAUCUCAGUCAUAGACCAUUACUGCAGAAACCAGGAGUGGGCCAUGAACAUGGGAGAUGAGAAAGGCUUUAUCCUGGACUCAGUGGUGAGUGAGUUAAAUCCCCAGACAGUGCUGGAAUUGGGGACAUAUUGUGGAUACUCUGCUGUUCGUAUUGGCCGGCUGUUGCACUCUGGUGCCCGGCUGCUGACUCUGGAGUUUAACCCGGAUUAUGCUGCGGUGGCCCGGGAGGUCAUUAGCUGGGCCGGACUGAAGAACACUGUGCAGCUGGUGGAGGGGGCAUCUGGGCACUGGAUUCCACACCUCAGGGAACACUUUGGGAUUCAUACCUUUGACUUUAUUUUCCUGGAUCACUGGAAAGAACGCUACCUAGCUGAUAUUAAACUACUGGAGGAGUGCAGGCCUUUCCGGAAAGGCACUGUCCUGCUGGCUGACAACAAUGUCUGUCGAGGAGCUCCAGAUUAUCUGGAAUAUGUGCGCAAAAGUCCGUUAUACGACAGCUGGUACUUUAAAUCUCACCUGGAGUACACAAAAGCAGAGGAAUGCUUGGAGAAAACAGUUUAUCUGGGUUAG